AACCGGAUGAGCAUCAAGGGUUGGCUUUCUUUUUCAUCUCUAGUAGCACGCAUACACGUUUGGCGAAUAUAAAUAUCCAGAAAGAAUGAAUAGUGAAUAUAGUUCAUGUAGGAUUCGGAUUCUACACCCUGAACGAAGAACAACAGCUGUUUGCGAGUCUCUCUAAGAAAACUACACGGCCCAGAAAGCAUUGCGGGAGACGAUCAGGGCAGCGGUGCAGGAAGUCACGGGUCAGUGAUGUUACUUUAGAGAAGCAUGAAUUACGCUCGCUUUCUGACAGCUGUGAGCGCGGCGAGGAAACCGUCACCUAUUCGCAUACUGACGGAGCUUCAGCAGCGAUCUCCCCCGUCUCUGAUCUCUCUGGCCGGAGGAGCUCCCAAUCCCAACACCUUCCCGUUCCAGUCGGCCAGCAUUAAAAUGAAGGGAGGAGAUGCGGUGGUGCUGGACGAGCCGCUGAUGAAGAGAGCGCUGCAGUACUCCGGCUCAUACGGUAUUCCUGAGCUGGUCUCGUGGAUGAAGGAUCUUCAGAAGAGCCUCCACAAUCCUCCCACCGUCGGCUACAGUCCAGAGAGAGGACAGAUGGAGAUGUGUGUCACCACCGGCAGUCAGGAGGGGCUCUGCAAAAUAUUUGAGAUGCUGGUCAAUUCUGGAGAUAACGUCCUCCUCGACGCUCCCACGUACUCAGGAACGCUGGCAGCUCUGCAGCCGCUGGGCUGUAACCUCAUUAACGUGGCGAGCGAUCAUCACGGCAUGAUCCCUGCAGACCUGAGGAAGCUUCUGGCACGCUGGGACCCGGCAGAAGCACAGAAACUGGGAAGCAGCAUCCCGAGAGUCCUGUACACCAUCCCGAACGGAGGCAACCCCACCGGAGCGUCCAUGACCUCUGAGAGGAAACAGGAAGUCUAUGAGCUUGCCAGGAAAUAUAAUUUGCUUAUCAUUGAGGACGACCCGUAUUAUUUCCUACAGUUCCAGAAACCGUGGGCUCCAACAUUUCUGUCCAUGGACGAAGACGGACGCGUCUUGCGAACGGACUCCUUCUCUAAGAUCCUGUCGUCGGGGUUGCGGAUCGGUUUCGUCACUGGACCGAAGCCACUGGUGGACCACGUGGUGCUGCACAUCCAGGCCUCCACGAUGCACACCAGCACCUUCACACAGCUCAUGGUCUCUCAGCUGCUUCAUAGCUGGGGUCCAGAAGGUUUUCUCAAGCACAUUGAUGGGGUGAUUGAGUUUUACAGAUCUCAGAGGAACGCCAUGCUCUCCUCCGCAGACAAAUGGCUCAAAGAUGUAGCUGAAUGGCAUCCUCCUAUGGCCGGCAUGUUCCUGUGGAUUAAACUCAAGGGCAUUAAAGACACACAGCAGCUGAUAAUGGCGAGAGCUUUAGAGAAAGAGGUUCUUCUGGUGCCUGGAGGAGUUUUCAACAUCAACAGCUCAGAUCCGUGUCCGUAUGUUAGAGCCGCCUUUUCUCUCUCCACACCACAACAGAUCGAUGAGGCUUUCAGGAGACUGGCUGAUCUUAUCAAGGAUGCCAUGUGAGCGCCGCGGCUGAUUUUCAGGAGGAGGAAUCAAGGGUCUGAUAUAUCAUCGAUUAAAUGCUGCUGUCACAUGCCACAUAGACAGAAUGGUUUUUGCACAACAAACCCAUAUUUUCACCUUUCAUAUGGUACAGAUGAAAAAACUUGAAAUGACGUUUAAUGACACCAUUUUAUCACAUUUUCUUUAUUUAGGGUGUAUUAAGGGAAUGAGUUAAUUGAAGUUGAUUUACAAUGCAGUUUCAGCCGCUGUCUACAGGGAGACGUUUUAUGUGAUUUUAAAACUGGUUUAGUAUGUAAAAUGUUUAACCAUAUGAAGGUCAAGGGGAUGUAUUUUAUUGCAAUAGUGCGUUAUUUUAAAUCUUCAUGGUGAAUUGUGAAGGUUAAAGCUGGACAUUGACCUGUAACAUGACUAGUUAGUUGCUAUUAACUUGAGCUGUUUUGAACACAAAUGAGUAGUAAAUGUACAGGUAUGUUGCAUUUAGAAGCUUUUAAAAUGGGAUUAGACUAAUGGACUCUUAUCACAGGCUGUAAUGACUCAUUUCUGCAAUCAUCUCUGUAUUUUUUUCAUAUUUUGGAAAGUCAUGGGAAUGCAAUAUUGGAAUUUUGGUCUCGCUUUUGGAGCAAAUAGUAAUGCAAAAAUUACAUUUGCAAUGGUGUGAAAACGAUCCAUGCUACUCACCGUUUGAUUUACUUACACAUAUUUUUGUAUGUUGUCCAUUGGACUUGCAUGUCAUUGUGCAAGUUGGUCCAUUUGUACACAAAAUGGUUCAGUAAAUCAAUAAACUCCAGUAUUGUACUGUA